AUGGAGCCCGCGGCCACCAGCAUCCAGGUGCUGCUGCAGGCGGCCGAGUUCCUGGAGCACCGCCAGCACCGGCACCCGCUCGGCCUGGCCGAGGCCGAGCACGGCUACGCCGCGCUCUGCCCUGCGCCGUCGCGCCGGGCCGUGGACAGCGUCAGGUCGGUGCACAACGCGCUGGAGAAGCACAGGAGAGCGCAGCUCCGGUGCUGCCUGGAGCGGCUGAAGCAGCAGGUACCGGUGGGCGCGGGGCCGUCCCGUUCCACCACGCUGAGCCUCCUGCACCGUGCCCGGCUUCACAUCCAGAGGCUGGAGGAGCAGGAACUGAGGGCACGAAGGGCCAAGGACCGGCUGCGGGACCGGCAGCGGAGCCUGCGGCGGCGGCUGGAAUCGCUGCUCUUGCCCGCUGAUGGGGAACGGGCACGGGCUGACAGCCUGGACUCGUCCCGGCUCUCAGAGCCCUCCGAGGAAGAGGAUGCCGAGGUAGAGGUGGAUGGUGUGGUGUUCAGAGGGAACCUGCUGCCCAGCUUUGGCACCGGGAGGGACCACAGCUACUCCAGCCCCCAGAGCCCUGCAUCCUGACGGUGCCUGCUGCCUUCCCUGCCCUGCCUGCCUGCCUCCUUCCUGCUGGGAACCCAGCCCCAGCCAGCCUCAUCACAGCUGCCAGCCUAAGG